AUGGCUUUUUCAAGAGCUGCAUUCCUAGUGCUAUUAAUCUCUGCGGUUGGCUACUUUGUGAAUGCCUCUGCCGGCAAUCUCAACCAAGACUUUGACAUAACGUGGGGGGAUGGUCGUGCUAAGAUACUCAACAAUGGCGAGCUUCUUACCCUGUCCCUUGACAAAGCCUCUGGCUCGGGGUUCCAGUCUAAGAAGGAAUACCUUUUUGGCAAAAUUGAUAUGCAGCUCAAACUGGUCCCUGGCAACUCUGCUGGCACUGUCACUGCCUACUAUCUAUCUUCAAAAGGAACAGGAUGGGAUGAGAUUGACUUUGAAUUCUUGGGCAACUUGAGUGGUGACCCAUACAUCCUUCACACCAAUGUGUUUAGCCAAGGCAAGGGUAACAGGGAGCAACAAUUCUACCUCUGGUUUGACCCAACUGCAGAUUUUCACACCUAUUCCAUCCUCUGGAACCCCCAACGCAUUGUCUUCUCUGUGGAUGGAACUCCGAUUAGGGAGUUCAAGAACUUGGAGUCAAUUGGUGUUCCAUUCCCAAAAAACCAGCCAAUGAGAAUCUACUCUAGUCUUUGGAACGCUGAUGAUUGGGCCACAAGGGGAGGGCUUGUUAAGACAGACUGGACUCAAGCUCCUUUUACUGCUUCAUACAGAAAUUUCAAUGCCAAUGCAUGCACUAGGUCCUCUGGAACAUCAUCUUGCGGUGCAAGCUCUGCCUCUUCUACUUCUACCCCAUCUAGCAAUGCUUGGUUCUCAGAAGAGCUAGAUUCAACUGGUCAAGAAAGACUCAAGUGGGUGCAGAAGAAUUAUAUGAUCUAUAAUUACUGCACUGACACAAAAAGAUUUCCACAGGGCCUUCCUCAAGAAUGCACGAGGGUUUAGGGAAGCAAGACUAUUCACUU